AAAUGUGGUUGGCAGACUGGCGAAUUAUCCGCACUGAUAACGGCAAGCGGCAGCGAGUGCAGCGAAGCGACAGUGAGACAGCAGCGUGAGCAUUGGAAGCUCGAGAGAGAGAGAGAGAGCGAGAUGGCGGAUGACUUUGGCCAUCAUCCCCCUCAAGCAGGAGGGGCAGGCAAGAAGCACGCCGCUGCAAUUGUGGAAGCCGCUGCCAAACUGACCCCUGUGCACAUUGUGGCACUCUCCUUUGCUACUGUGGUCCUGGGUGCCAUAUCCAAGGAUGAUGAUUCCCCAGAGUACCUUCGCUACCUCCUGCAGGAUCUGCUUCACGCAUUGGAGAUGCUACGUAAAAGGCCCACAGCGGAUGCUGCCCGCUUCUUCAAGACGUUCCUCCGAGAUGGCGACGCGGCAUCACACGACCUGGCCCGCGCCAUGCUCGAAGACCUGAGCCAGCUUGACAGCGUGUACAGCGUGGAGGCGUUUAUCGCUGACAAGGUGUGCUUCUUGCAGGAAGAGAGCCACAACUUCCGCGUGCACGAGUGCAGCGAGCUGGGCGUGUUCCUCCACAACAUCAACGUGUCGAGUCGGCAGUGCGGCUUUGUUGCCAUGCUUGCCCUUGAGGAAGGCGCCAAGACCAUGAUUGCCGCGCUGCGUGAGUAUCUUGAACACGACGUGGCACAUGCCGUAUUCGCCCUCAAGCGCGCACGUUCGCGGCAGCAGGCCGUUUUCCAACGCGUCCUUGCAGACCAAUUUGUCGAGCUGCUUGAACUUGAGAGCGACCGCACCCCGCUCUCUCCACCGGGAGCCCGACACCACAUGAAGAGGUUCAUCAGCGCAACGCGUCGCGGUGAUAUUCUGGCGGCACAGGAGCAGCUCUUGCUUCACUACGAAGUCGAGCGAAACCGGGACUGGAUCAUCACCCAAACCACGCAUUCCGAGUCGCAGCUUGCGCUUGCGUACCUGCACUACACCUUUGGGCAUCAUGCCCUCGCCGCCCAGGCCGUGCAUGAUGCAAUCGGCACCGCCCUCGAGCUCGCACAGACGCCGCGGCUCCGACAGGCCCUGGGAUGGCUGGCAGAGAUGGCGCCGACACCAAAGGCCGCCAUGGCACUCAGCCGCGCAAACCUCCAACACACCCGGGACCAGCAGGCGCAAGAGAGUGAUGACGGCGACGACAAAGCGGCGAUGAGUGCAGCUGCGUUUGGUGCGCAUGUGCAGCUCGCCCUCUGCUCGUUCGCGGCUGGCGAUGCAGCGGCGAGCUAUGCGCGUGAGGUGCAGGCAGCGAUGGGGGUUGCGCUGGGCGAGGAGGCCUCAUGGCACAGCUACACGUGCACCCUCCAUCUCAUGGGCGCAUUUGCCGCUGCCGUCGGCGACACCAUUGCUGCGUGCCAUCACCAGGCAGCUGUUGUGUUCUCUGCUGCGCCGCCGCCCGAACAUGCGGAUGCAGACGCGCUCGCGCAGGCGCAACUCAUCCUCGUGCUCGCACGGAAACACGGCCGGUAUGCAUUUGCUGCGUCGCAAUUAGCCAAGUUGGCAGCGGAAAUGCAGACAACGACAACGACCAAGUCACCAGCAUCGCCCUCCUCCUCCUCUUCAUCGUCUUCCUCUCCGUCAUCGUCACCGCCGCCACCAACAGCUGAUGAUGGUGGUGAUGAUGGUGAUGAUGAUGACGAUGAUGGUGGUGAGAACAAUCCAAAGCCACAGCAGCAAGAGGGCCGACACCAGGCACAACAGCAUGCAUCGCGUGUGCGCCCAAGUGCGGAUUCGCGUGCAGUCGGCAGCGAUGGGGGCGUGGCGCGAGACCACGAUCGCGUGCUGUUUUACCACCACCUUGCGCUGCAUUGGAAACACGUGCCUGCAGGCAAUUUUGAGGCCGCAAAGGCAGCUGAGGCUGGCAUGUGCGUGUGCACGAUGGACGCGUGUGACGAUCUGGCGUGCACAUUGCGAAUUGCUGAGCGCGCGUUGGCGGAGGGGGAGAUGGAGGCAUGUUUGAAGCACUGUGCUGCCGCUCUCAGGCUCAACAGCAGCGAUGCUUGCAGGCACGUGCAGACGCACAAGCUACAAGGGCCCAUCGCUGAGAUUGAAGCGUACACGCUGAUGGGCAGAUGUUAUCUCAAGACCGGAAACACCGAACGUGCAAUGGCUGUGCUGUCGCAUGGGGCGGCGUUGGCAGUGUCGCGGCGUCUCAUUGGACCGCUCGUCGCCCUGCAGACGGUGUUCAUGCAGUGCCUGGUGCAAGCGAAGCGGUGGUCGCUGUUUGCUGAGAUGGAGAAGAACAUAAACAUCAACGCGUGCAUGUGUGCAUCAUUUGAAACGCGGGCAGAGCUGCUGCUGGUGCGCGGCUUUUAUCAUCUCGCCAUACACAACGAUGCAACGACUGCAAGUGGAUUGCUGAAGAAAUCGUAUGCCAUGUACAUGAGGAUUGGACACACGCGCAACCAACGCCGAUGCUUACACCUCCUGUCGCUGUGCGCACAUGUGCGCGGAGACGCGAGCGAACGCGACGCCCUCGCACAACAGAUGAACGCGCUCAAAUAACGCACACACGCGUCUUUGCCUGUCUGUCUGUUUGUCUGUGUGUAUUUCGAGUUUCGUGUGUCUCCCUGUGUUUCGUGUGUGUUUUGUGUGAACGAACAACUACCAGUUGGUCUUGCUUGCUUGCAAAUAUAAAGUAACGACCACG